CCGCACCAUCCCUCUUCUCCCCUCGCAAUCCCUGAGAAAGAGGAAGAAAGGUCGUCCUCAGACGCCUCUCUUUCUCGAUCCAUCCUUCUCUCUCAAGGAUCCAAUAGCUAGCCAUUUUUCUCCAGACAAAGAUAUCAGAUCUUUAGGUUUAUCUGCAGAUCCAAAUCGUCAGGGAUCGAAUCGGACGAUUGCGACAAUGGCGGCAUCAAGACGCCUCCGGGAUCUGCAAUCGCAGCCGGCGAACAAGAUAUGCGUCGACUGCGCGCAGAAGAAUCCGCAGUGGGCUUCGGUUUCAUACGGCGUUUUCAUGUGCUUGGAGUGCUCGGGGAAGCACCGGGGCCUCGGAGUUCACAUCAGCUUCGUCCGAUCGGUCACCAUGGACUCGUGGUCGGAGAUCCAGCUGAAGAAAAUGGAGGCUGGUGGCAACGAGAAGCUUAACGCCUUCCUUUCUCAGUACGGGAUUCCUAAGGAAACCGAUAUCGUCGCAAAAUAUAAUUCUAAGGCCGCGUCUGUUUACCGUGAUCGCAUUCAAGCCCUCGCGGAGGGGCGCCCCUGGCGCGAUCCACCCGUCGUGAAGGAAAAUUUACAGAAACCGCCGUUGAGCGGUGGCGGCGGCAGUGGUACUAAUUUUGGGGGUGGAUGGGAUAGUUGGGAUAGUUAUGACGAGGGAGGAGCCAGAUCGGCUGGUGCUGAUGUGAGGAGAAACCAGUCAGUGAGCGAUUUCAGGAGCACCGGUAGCGGCGGCGGCCGGGGCGGGCCUGCGAGGUCAAAGUCUACGGAGGAUAUAUAUACGCGGUCGCAGUUGGAAGCUUCGGCUGCGAAUAAGGAGACCUUUUUUGCGAGGAAAAAGGCGGAAAACGAGUCGCGGCCCGAAGGUCUGCCGCCCUCGCAAGGUGGGAAGUAUGUAGGUUUUGGGUCGAGUCCGGCCCCAGCGCCAAGAAAUAAUUCGCAAGGCGAUGUGUUGUCUGCUGUUACGCAGGGAUUUGGUAGGUUCUCUGUGGUAGCUGCAUCUGCAGCUCAGUCCGCGGCCACUGCUGUUCAAGCAGGCACAAAGGAAUUCAGUUCCAAGGUCAAAGAAGGGGGCUAUGAUACCAAGGUGAACGAAACAGUCAAUAUCGUCACGGCAAAAACAACAGAGAUUGGACAGAGGACAUGGGGAAUCAUGAAAGGGGUCAUGGCAUUGGCCUCACAGAAGGUGGAAGAGUACACCAAGGACGGUGUUAACUGGAAGGCUGAUGGGUGGCAAGGAAACGAGAGUGGAGGAAACGGGUACUAUCAGGAGUUUUCACACGAGUCAAAAGGAGGAUGGAAUUCUGGAGGAGGGCAAUCCUCGUCUGGUUCACAUUUUAAUUCUGCCAUUUCGGGCUCUUGGGAUGAUUGGGACAGCAAAGACAAUAGAAAAGGUGAUUCACAUUUUAAUUCUGUUAGUUCAGGCUCUUGGGAUGAUUGGGACCACAAAGACAAUAGAAAAGCCGAACCUGCUAAGGGUGCAGCACCUACCAAUGGGGAUGCCUGGUCCGGUUGGGAUGAUGAAAAAGAUGAUGGAUUUGAUAAUUUUUACCAGAGCGCACCUAAUGUCAAAGCUGUUGGCCAGAAUGGAAAAUCAGAUGACAAGUGGACUGAUGGCGGCUUUCUUUAAGGUUAGUACACUAUGAUCAAAUUUCUUGCCCUUUUUUAUUCCUCUAAUUUUUUUGGGUCAGGACCUCAAUAGAAUUUUCCUUUGCACCCAGUUGGGAAGGAUUUUCUAUCAGAGAAUAGUUUACAUAUAUGUAUAAUUGUGAACACCCGUGGGCUAAAUUGCCCAACACAAGAGGACAUCUGCUUGCGUUGAGUGUGUUGAGGAUUACUGUUUGUGACUUGUGAAUUUAGAUUGCUCUCAAAUUUGUAACUGUAGUUCAAUGGAUUUCUUAUAAUUUCCAUCAAUUGUACUUAUUAUUUUUUUUCUCUUUAAA